AGCAUUGAACAAAAAAGUAAAAUAUCUCAAUAUCAUUUUAUACUGAAUUGACUUCAGGUUGAACAGUUGAUCAAGCUAUAAUCAUCAGCCGACCUUAGCUCAGUUGGUAGAGCGGAGGACUGUAGUAGGAUAAUCAAUCCAUCGGCCAUCCUUAGGUCGCUGGUUCGAAUCCGGCAGGUCGGACUUUUUUAUCUGCUUUUUCUGUUCAUCAUUUUUUGUUGUGAGAGUUUACAAUGUCAACUGCCGCUACUUGCUCAAAAAACCCAACACGCACUUUAGUUCCGGAUAGAAAAUACAAAUGUCUUGGCGCUUCUUCUUCUCCAAAAUUACCAAUUCCAAUUCCAAAACCCUAAUACCAUCUCCCUUCCAAAACUCUAACCCUAAUUUCCUAUUCACUUCCCAAUUCUCCACCUCAUUUCUUGUAACCAAAACCCCCAAAAAGUUCAAAAAGAAACGCAAAAAACCCGAAUCCCCGCGGAUCAAACCCGUCCAGCACCCAUCCACCCGAAACCCAUACUUCGAAUCCUUAGUCGAGCGCGAUUCUUACUUCAGAUUCCUCACCCGAUCCAAACUUUUCCUCUCCCAACAGCAGGAACACAUUCUCCGCCUUGAUGACGCCGGCAAGCUUUAUCGAGAGCUUGGUUUCGCGCGCGGUCGUAAGGUCACGCGCUUUAUCGAGAACCAUCCGUUACUUUUCCAAAUUUACCGACACAACGACAAUAAAAUGUGGUUAGGGUUUACAGAUUUCAUGGAGGACUUGCUUGAAGAAGAAAAAUUGAUAAUGGAUUCGAUGGAGAAGGAUAGGGUUAACAAAGUGAUCAAGCUGUUAAUGAUGUCUAAAGAUAAGAAGAUUCCUUUAAGUAAGAUUCAUCAUUGUAGAUUAUUAUUUGGAAUUCCUGAUGAUUUUAGAGAUAGAGUUGAUAAAUAUUCUGAUUGGAUUAAGAUUUCAGUUGAGAAUGAUGGUAAAAGAGUGUUGGAGUUAGUUAAAUGGGAUCCUAAUUUAGCCAUUAGUGAGUUGGAGAAGCAGUUUGUUGUUAAUGAGGAUAAGAUUAAACGGGCAUUUAAGUUUCCGAUGAAGCAUUCGAAGGAUUUGGAUUUGGAUGAGGAGGAUAUGAGGAAACUGAAUAGCUUGAAUUCCUUACCUUUGGUUUCGCCUUACAGUGAUGGCGAAAAAUUGCAACUUUGGAGUUUGGAAGCUGAGAAAUACAGGGUAGGGGUUAUACAUGAGUUUUUAACCUUGACAUUGGAGAAUAAAGCUUCUAUUCAUCAUAUUGUGGAGUUUAAGGAGGAGUUUUCGUUGACGAAGCAUACGUAUGAUAUGCUUAAGAAGCAGCCGCGGGCAUUUUAUCUUGCGGGGACGGAGAUGAACUGGGUUGUGUUCUUGAAUGAUGCAUACGAUGAUCGAGGGAAUUUGAUUCAUAAGGAUCCGCAAGUGGUUUUUAAUGAGAAGUUGUAUAAAUAUGCUCUAAUGAAGAAAGGGAAGUUGGAUUCUUGUUUUGCUGGGAAAUGAUGGGGAGAUUGAGUUUCCUUUGAUGGGUAUUUAUGGUUGCAUUUGCACAAUCCAGCAAGCUCCAUCAUGUGUUUUGAGAGUUGGUGGAGUUCUUGGUUGAUGGAAUCACAAUCUGCGCAUCUUUGAUUCAAAAUGUCAUCAAGAGGGGCUUGAGGCUACAUCAACUACUACGGUAUUACAUAAGGUUUUGUGGAACAAUUGUGUAUGAAACCUAUUGCAGAGAACUUCUUGUUGCUUUAAUUCUAUUUUUAAUCCAAUAGUUCAUCAUGAUGAACUUAAUUUGUUGAUCAUAUCUGAUGUUAUUUUGAUGAAGUUUAUCAUUGGAUUUGAAAAAUCACUUUUCUGAUCAUUUGAGCAAUAAAAAUAUCACUGAGGCACCUUUUGAAUUGAA